ACAUAUGUUUUCAUUCGUGCAUUUUUUUAUAUCACAUCCAAUAAUAUUAUGUGUUGAUAUUUUAUCUUUCGCUUUUCAUUUUUCUUUUAUUAACAUCUAACGAAAUCGUCGUCAACAUAUUAAGUCUUUUGUAGUUGAAGAAAAAGAUGGAAGUCGUGGAAGUAUCGCAUGAAAAAAUUCAUCAUUUGGACCCGACUAACCAAAAAAACGGUUUUCAACACACCGAAUGCACGAAGAAAUAUGUUCAACCGCCAAGAGUCAAGCCCUUCGCCCCUCGGACGGUUUACUGUCCUCCGAAAAAUCCGAUCGAUUCAGGGACGACUUACCAUUCUUCGUAUUACAACGAAAAUCAAUCACGCGAAGCCCGACCGCAACCGUUUAAGCCGACACCUUGCAUUAAUUUACCGAAUGAUAAGUUUUCCGAUGAUACAACUACCAAGUUGAGCUUCAAGCCAGUGUGGGGCAUACGCAAGGCUGCGCCCAUUUUUCCCCAUCAGAGAUUAUGCCCGCAAAAAGGACGCAUGGAAGAUGUGACGACCAUACGACAGGACUACUCGCCCAAAGUCGUGGCGAAACCAAAUUUAAUCCUACCUUGCGGAAACAUUAGAGCCAGUAAAGGUAAAUUAGAAACAGCGACAACCACCUUGUUGUCCUACAUGAAUCCGGGGCAAAUCCAGCCAGUAACGAGUUUCAAACCUCAAAUGAAGUACUGCCGACCAAAUGAACCCACGGCGAAUGAAACCACGCAAAAAUUGAGCUACUUACCUUAUCAAGUGGGCAAAAAGGAAAACUAUCCGUGGGCCCAAAAACCGAUUUACAGACGUCCGGAAGCCCCGAUGCACGAUGAAACGACGUACGGAAAAAGCUAUCUGGAGAGCAAGGGGAGGAAGGAAACCCCGAUACUUCCCAAGGACUCGGAUUUGUUUUCUUGUGGAGCUCAGUUCCUCGAGAACACGGUUUAUCGCGAGAGUUUUCUGCCCUGUCAGAGAGAGCCAGUUACUCCGAUAAAGCCCUGCGAGAACCUCUCGCUGUCUGAUAAAAAAAUGUCGUGCGACACCACGAGCAAGAUGAGUUUUCAGCCGGUGAAGGGCGAGAUGAGAAAACCGAUCGUACCCCGCCAAAGAAAGAUCUUGUGUGACGCGGGAUCGAUGCAAAACGCAACUACCAAUCAACUGGAGUUCACUCCGAAAUUCGUGAGACGACCGGAUGUUGUGGUGCCUUGUGGACACAUUCGCACGGCCGAGCAACCGUUGGAAGCCGCAACUACCACGGCUCUGUCAUACGGCAAUCCUGGACCUGUAACUCAUGUGCCGAAUUACAAACCGAGCUUGAAAUAUUGCAAACCCGAAGAGAAGAUUGAUGCGGAAACGGUAAACAAGUUGUCCUACCGUGAGUGGUCGAUUGGUCCUAAGGAGCAGCUUCCUUGGGCUCAAAAGGGCAAGUAUCAGCCUCCGAGGGACAAAAUGCCGGGCAACACCGUCUACCACACGAGCUUCCCACCUCCCGGACACUUUGUCGAAGAACGUCCGCCGUCUACAUCCGCCGAUUGUCCUUGUCCGUCUUAUAAAUAAUUAUAUCGCUCGCGGAGAUCAGUGACGUCGAUAACUCAUCGUAGCAGAUGAUAAGGCGUCUUCUUUAACGAGUAAAAAUACCUCGGGUUCGAAAACAAGUCGCAAAUUCAGGAGAUAACGUAUACGCAUUUUUUCCGCCGCAUUAUCGCUUCGAAAUUGUUAGUCGCAGGGUUGACUUUGGAACUGGAAAUUUGAAGUUUUAGGUGUUCGACGAUGAGGAUAGUGAAGAAUACGAGAUGGAAUGAAUGUUCUCUACUCAUGGUUUAUUAGUCAGAUGUACAUCUGUGAAUGAAUCAUACAGUACAUAUUCGUAUACAUAGAGCAAAUAAUUCAUCGGACAGAAUAGAGUUUUCUAUAAUAAGCUAGUCAUACAGUGGUACAAAUUAUAAAAUUUUUUGUCUCAUAAUAAAAUAAACUUUAAUCUCUGAUAAAAAAAAAA